AAUGCAGCCCUGUCUAUCAAUCAAUAUCUGUCUGUCUGUCGAAUCUCCCUCCCUGCAAACAGGCUGGCUGGGCUACAGUGGGAACCCCGCUCCCCAUAAAUCCAGUGGGGUCUUCGCCCCGCGUUAAGAAGAAACGUAGAGGGCCCGUUGUUUUGCAUGAAGGAGGCCUCUCGGAUUUUGUGACUCAUGGAGAAAAUAAUAUCUGUCGUUUAACAUAAAAGGAAUUAGAUCAAUAUAAUUGUUGGGUGAACUCCAGUUGUGUUGCUUGGAACCUUCCAAUAUUAAUUCAUGACGUUUGGUUUUGGUACGGAAACUUGUUCUCGUCUGUUUACUUCUACGCAAGCGGGACGUGGUGGCUGCCAACUUCUCCCUCCAUGAGGCCCACUGCUUGCGCUUCCUGACCAUCUGCCCCAAGUGUGAGGAGCCAGUGGUGCUGAAGGACAUGGCGGAACACCUCGCUACAGCCCACGAACAGGUCAGAUGCAAGCGCUGCCACCAGGCAAUGCAGCGAUUCUUACUGGAGCACCAUGAGGCUGAAGACUGCCCCGAGCGCCUGGCCCAGUGCCACUUCUGCGAGCUGGAGGUGCCCUUCCGCCAGCUGCAGAGUCACCUCAAGGCCUGUGGCAGCCGGACCACCCCAUGCUGGGAUUGCGGCAAGUACAUCAUGUACAAAGCCCUGGAAGACCACAGCCGCACCUGCCGGGAAAACAAGGUGCUCACUGGCCCUGGGCCCAAGGCCAAUCUGUGCCAGCAGUGCAACAGCUGGUUCCCCGACGAGAAGUACCUCCAGCACCUGAAUGAGUGCAGCCCCCUCUCUCAGCUCCUGGGGGCCCUCAGCACCCGAUCAUCCACAGAGCCCACCUCCCCUCCGUCCGCCUCGAGCCCCCUGACCCCAGCCACUCCGCCCCCCACCCCGAGCCCGGUGGCUGAGAAGGACGUCCGGCCCAAGAUAAAGGAGAAGGAGUUGUCUUCCCUGGGGAGACCCUCGAUGAAGCCCUCUCGGCCCAAGAAGUCCUCCAGCCGGCCGGCCUUCACCUCCACCCUUCCCCAGGCCCUGGGGGACGAGGAAGAGGCCGCCACAGCCUAUGACCAACUGGCCACCUGCUCCCAGUGCAACAUCCUCCUGCCCAGGCCCACCCUGCAGAAGCAUGAGAAAAAGUGUCGACGGGGAGCUUCUUUGCAGGCCCUGCGACGGAGCCCCCGGAUCCUGAGGAAAGAAGAGGAGUCGAAGUAGAGAGAGAUCCAUCUUGCAGGAAGAUCCCUGGGCAGCGGCAAUCACAUCUCCCACCUCUGGGCGUUGGGCCAGCCCAGAUUUUUUGCCUCCCUGCAGGAUCAGGUUCAAAGUAAAGCGCUUUGCAACGCACAA